AAAACAUUUGGUUAUCUCCAGUACUAAACAGAUAUGGAACAAGUGACUGCGCUGGUUCUUCUGUCUCUUCUGUUCAAUGGAGGAACAACAAAAGGGAAAGGUAACUCCCCAGGAAUUGAUGUUGUUAAUCCCAGGUUUCGCCCUUUGGCCCCAGUACUCUGUCCUCCAUUUGGUGUGAUUAAUCAGUGCUCUACAGAUGCAGAUUGUUCUCGUGAUGAGAUUUGUUGCUCUCUUUGUUGGAACCAGUGCAUAAAUAUUUUGCCUCUGGUAGACAAACCUGGGAUUUGUCCAAAGAGAAGACCAUGCAUGACUGAUACUCUUCGUAGUAAUGGGUGCACAAAUGAUUGGCAAUGUCCUGACAAACAGAAGUGCUGUGAUACCUUCUGCAAAAGGGAAUGCACUGAUCCUUACAUAGGUGGAUGGACGAUUGAUUUAGACAGAUAA